AUGUCUUCAACUUCCCCCACCUCCGACAUCCACAAGGGCUCCAUCGUCCUCGUCACGGGCGCCACGGGCUUCAUUGGCUCGCACACCGUUGCCCAGUUGCUAGAAAAGGGAUACAAAGUCCGCGGCACCGUCCGGAACCUCGAGCAGGCCUCAUGGCUGCCCGCGUUGCCGCGCAUCAAGCCCUUCGCCGAUAAGGGCGACCUCGAACUGGUCGAGGUGCCCGACCUUGGCGUGCCUCGUGCCUUUGACGAUGCUGUCCGUGGCGUGUCGGCCAUCAUCAACAUUGCCGCCAUCACUAGCUUCGACCUGGACCCGAACAAUGUCAUCCCCGCCGACAUCCAGGGCAUCACCUCCGUCCUCGAAUCAGCCAUGACCCAGCCGACGGUGCGCGCCUUGGUGCACACCAGCUCCAUCCUGGCCUCCACCAUGCUCAUGCCCGGCCUCGGCCACGACGUGGGCCCCGGCUCGUUCAACGACCUUGCCGUCAAGCUCGCCUGGGCGCCGCCCCCACACGACCCUUCGCAGCCCCUCUUGGUGUACGCCGCCGGCAAGGUCGAGUCCGACAAGGCCCUGUGGAAAUUUGUGGACGAGCGCAAGCCAAAGUUCCGCGUCAACGCCGUCCUGCCCUCGGCCGUGCUCGGCGAGCCCCUGAACCAGAAGCACGUUGAUAACUCUGCCGUCUACGUGCGCUGGGUCACAGACGAAAGGACGGACAAUCUUAAUGGCAUGCCUGCUUUCUACGCCAUCGAUGUCGGCGACGCGGCGCGCCUGCACGUGGCCGCCGCCCUCGAUCCCGACGUCAACGCAAAGCGCAUGCACACGUGGGGCGUCAAGGGCAACUGGAACGACGUGCUGGCUGUCGUCCGCAAGCUGCGCCCACAGCGCAAGUUCAUGGCCGACAUGGCCGACCCCAAGCAGCUCUCCAUCACGACGGACGAGACCCUGUACCGGGACCUGCUCAAGAAGUGGUUCGGCCAGGACGACUGGGUGUCGCUGGAGGGUAUGGUCGCCAACAACUUCAAGGGCGGUUAUCUGGACUGA